AUGCUCGACUUGCUGCCGCUGAGAUGGUUCGCAAAAUUCCAAGAUGGCGGCAUUGCCAACCAAUUCUUCAUGGCUUUAAUGGUGACAAUACCAGUAUUAAACUUCGGGAUGUUAAUGGGUUGGCAGUCACCAAUGACUCCAAUCCUGCAAUCACCAGACGGACCAGCGCCCGAGCCCAUCUCCGAUGAGACUAUAUCUUGGAUGGCAUCAGUCACGUUCUUCCCCUCCAUCUUCUGCGGAGUCCUGGUGGGUGAUCUCGCUGAUAGAUGGGGAAGAAAGACAACUACAAUGCUCACUUCCUUAAUGCUUGUUAUUAGUUGGAGUAUAACCAUGUUCUCCCUCCGCCCGUGGGCACUUAUCACUUCACGAGCGGUGGCGGGAUUAGCGUGUGCCGGUUGCUAUGUGGUCACGCCUUUAUACUUGAAAGAGAUAGCGUCAGACAAAAUUCGAGGCGCUCUAGGGUCCCUCUUCAUUCUCGUGCAGAACCUGGGCUACCUGGUGGUCUACGUGGCCGGAGACAUGCUGUCGUUCGCAGCGGUGAUGUGGCUCUGCACAGCCAUACCUGUUCUGCAUUUGCUCAUUUUCCUAGUGAUGCCAGAAACACCGGUAUUCUUAGUGAAGCAAGGGAAAUAUAAGGAAGCACGAGUGGCCUUAGCCUGGUUGAGGCACACAUCCGUGGACGACAAGAACUUAGAAGAAGAAGUCCAACAAAUGGAAAGGGAGGAAGAGUACGCACGGUCUAUAAAGAAAGCUUCUUGGAAGAGUAUAGUCCAAGACAAGACCACCUUCCAAGCGUUCAGAAUUGCCCUGAACGUGAUGCUAUCCCAGGAAACUUGUGGUUAUCUAGUAGUUCUGAUGUAUGCUGGCUCUAUAUUUGACCAGGCGUCACAAUCGAUCAGCCUCAAACUCAGUCCUAACAAACAAACGAUAGUGGUGGGAGUUAUCCAAUUGCUGGGUUCCAUAGUGGCCAGCUGUAUCGUGGAAAAGACUGGGAGAAAGUGGCUCCUCGCAAGCACAUCAUUAGCCACCGGAUUAUCCAUGUUAUCUUUGGGUCUAUGGUUCUACAUCACCUCACUAUCCAUCUGGCUACCUGGCUGGCUUCCGGUGCUGGCUAUGUGUCUCUGCAUCUUCUCUGAUGCCGCUGGGUAUCAACCAGUUCCGUACGUCAUCAUGUCUGAAUUGUUUUCUUUUCAACAUCGUGGUAUGGUGACGUCAUUUAUUAGUAGCGUAGAUGCGCUGAGCGACUUCUUACAAACAAAGGCCUACGACCCCAUGAUAAAACUCGUGGGUAUACACUGGGUUUUCAUAUUCUUCUCAAUUAUCUGCUUCUUAGGCACCAUGUACACGGUGCUUUAUGUACCAGAGACUAAAGACCGAAGUGUGGAAGAGAUCUAUGCGCUGCUAGAAGAUGGCAGACAGAAGGAGAAAAGGAAAGAUGUAGAAAAAGCAGAGAAAAAAGAAGCUAGAGAAAUUGGAAAUGAAGUUAGCCGAUUAUGA